CACUUCGAUAAGCCGGUUCCCGAUUUGACUAAAAAUGCCAGUGUUAUUUCGCAGAUUUACCUUUAAAACUCCCUUAAUUUCUUACAAACUCUACUCCUAUUGCAGCGGAGUAUUUUUUCCGAUGCAAACGCAUAACUUACGUUCUAUUUUCGACACAUAGUUGCAAUGCCUUUGCGAAGAACGGGAAUUUGUGCGGCCGUAGUUUGUUGUCAUUCAAUACUAUGCGUGCUAGCCCCAAAACGGGGAGUACAGCGCUCGGGUGUGAUUCUUGAGCUCUUGUAGGCCGAGCAGACAAUGCAAGCGCGGUAACCGAGUGAGCAGGUAGCCUUCUAGACAGUUUCACAACAAAACUCGCCCAAUUCUUCGAAGGAAAACGAAUAUGGGCGAUUGCUCAAACGAAAACCAAAACUUAGGCGAAGAAAUGAAGCGAAAACUAUAAAGUAAGUGAAGUGUUUGUCGUUUAUUUUGACCUAAUUUAAUAUCUAUAUGCAUGGCUUGACCGCUCGCUUCGCGACAAACCACGCAAGCGAUAACCAGCUGUUGUAGGGGAAAUUUUACAAGGAUUUUUUUUACUUAGACAAUCCUAAACUUUCUUCUUCGUAUUCUGGGCAUUAUUUUAUAUUCAACAGUGUGUCGACAAGUAUUUUUGUGAUUAAAUUUUAGUCGAGUCACCCGAUGGUUCGUGGAUUUCCACGUAUUAGCAUCUUUGAGACACGGCAAUGGCGUCGUCAACGAACAACGAAAAAAUCGAGAAAGAACGACCCACAACGAUGUUUGAAGGCAAAAAUAUCCACUCGUCGCCGGUGGACGGCAAGUUGCUAUGUAGUUUUAGCGAGAAGACGUGUAUGCAACGGCGUUUGAAUCAUUAUGCUUUCUGUAUUCGACACGUCUUAGAGGAUAAAAAUUCCCCUUUCAAGCAGUGUAAAUUCGUCGCCAAAUACAAUGGACAACGUUGUACGAAUGCUAUCCCUUUGAAAGAGGAUCGAAUGUGAGUAUCGCUGUUAGGUUAUAGCCGGUUUUUGGCCACACAUUUGGUGACAAAAAUUUAUAUAUAAAUGUAUUUUGUAUAUUGAGUAAAAUUAUAUCGUGUGCUUCCUUUUUUAUAAAGGACAUCUGUUAUCCAAAUGAUAGCUAUAAAAGUAUUUGGCAUUCGCUUCUUUGUCGUUUAGAUAUUGCAAUAGUCAUCUGCAAGUCUUAGGACUAGUCCCGAAAAAAAGUCGAAAGAAAAAAAACAGUGAACAGAGGGUAAACACGAACAAACAUAUCGCAAAAUCUUCGACUACGGAAAUUUUAGUACCAAAUAAUCGUGCCUCACAAAAUGUUAUUUCAAAGCGAAGCGAAAGGGCCAUUGGAUGUGUUCAAACUCUAAAAACUUCGCCCGAACAGCGAGUUUCUAGGAAAGCUAAAUUAUUGUCAUCUAAUCCGCUGAUAUCCAAGCUUGUUAGCACCUAUUCUCAAGCUAACAGCCAGAAACGAAAUUUGCUGCCUUUCUACGGUAAGGAAUUAUGGAAUUCUUUUGAGCAUUAUCUACCAAGGAUUAAAAUUUAUCCCCACAAAUACUUGCAAAAUAUAUUCAAUGUCCCAGUGAGAAGGUCUCGGAAUCUGGUACAGAGUACUAAUUGAUUUUGUCACCUUCAUGGAAAUAUAAUGCUGUUGUAUGAAAAUAAUUCUGUAAAUUUUGUACAGUUUAUUUUACUUUGGUGAACAACUCCGAAGCCGGCCCGUCUUCCAUGGGUAGUGUUCCGUCCAUACCAAAUUAUUGCAACUAGCUCGGCCCUUGUUACAAAUGCCACAUGUGUGUAUCUGACAGUGUGCUGUUUUUCCCCCAGGAGGAAUUUGGAAUUUAACCCCCUAUUCAGAUGUCUAAUGUAUGUUAUGUACCCACUAUUAUCAGAAGUAGAUUUUCCUACAGACGACAGGAAUUUCCUCUGUACAGGAGAGUGGGUCUUUUGUAACAACCCAAUGAGGCAGCAUCACUUGGGGAUAAUAUACCCCAAGCUCACAUGUGGUUGGGGUAUAUUUGUAUUUUUAUAUUAACUUACUAUGACAGAAUAUAUAUUGUCAAAAAAUGCUAAAAUAUUGUAUUAAAUUGAGAAAUAAGGUUGCUUUUCAAACCACUUUCAAGAGAUAUGUAUCUCAAGCGGAUUGAAAAUCAACCCAGAAAAGUCAAUUACACAUAGUAGUGGUACUAUUUCUCAAUUUAAUACAAUAUGUUAGCAUUUUGUGACAUUAUAUACCAUAUUCUGUCCUAGUAAGCUAUUAUAAAAACACAAAUAUACCCCAACCACAUGUGAGCUUGGGAAACCUGUGCAUCACUGAAUGACAUCAACAUCAGUGUGACUUUUUGCCCUUGAGAACUCACUCCAGAUAUUGUAUAGGUCAAUGGUCGAUUGACCUGUGCCCAAGGCAUAAAGAUAAUACUAUUUGUUGCUUUUGCAAGAAUGACAUGAAACCAGUGAAUGUGUUGUUUGUCAGUGACAACAGUUUAAAUCUUUAACCCAAAUAUGUUGAGCGUCUGCGCUCGUCCGUUGCAAAGUAAUUUAAGACCUAAUGCAUAAUAACAUCACAAGGCAUGUGCACACUGGGAAUUCUGGUCUUGGUAGACAUGGCGGGAAAAUAAUAUAGCAUAGAAGCCGAUAAUCCUCAACUUUCAGAUCAGGCAGAUCAGUUAUUGGCCGAUCACAUCAACAUGUAUCGGCCAGGGUUCGAAUUAACGAUGUGUAAUUUGCACAUCAUCCUGGACCAAGCAUCACUUUUCCAAACAAUGUGCAAAAAAGUUAAAGUAUGAAUGAACAACCUUCCAUAUUUAUAGAUUUAAAGCUGUUAAUCUGUUGUCUUCUAAUUUAUAAGCAAGUGUUUUUCCAUGCACACUAGUGUUUGCAGACUGGAAGGUGUCAAUUUUUAGCCACCAUGACAGACAAACACUGAAUGAUUAAUGUUAUGUGUUCGGUUUCCAUAUCAAAGAUUGCAAACAAUGUUUAAAAAAUAUUCAAAUAAAUAAAUUAUUGCAGUUUGAUUGAGUAGUAGUUUGAGAUAGGAACUGUCAGAUUCACUUUUAAUGCGCCAUUUGUCAUUUACCUUGCGGGGAUACUUGUCUGGAAAAAAAUUGAUUACUAAUUAACUGAACUAAACUGAACUCAUUUCCAACUGACAAUUUUAAGAAAUGCAAAACAAACCAAACUCCAAAUAAUUAUUAAGUAUAAACUUAAGUUGCAUUGCACCCUAAUGCAUCCUCCUUUGUUACUGUCUGAUGCCAGACAAACUUACUUGUCAAGGAGAGAGCAUUGAUGCCCAAUGGGUUGAUCAGACUAUCUGCCCAUGCUUUAUGUUGCAUUGCACCCUAAUGUGCCCUACUUUGUUAUGUUACUCUGUCUAAUGCCAGACGAUUUUACUUGUCAUGGGGAGAGUGCUGCCGCUGAAUGGGUUGACUCGAAUCUUGAGCACACAAGAUGCUAUUUAGAGGACACGAUUUAGAGGACACGAUUUAGAGAACAUUUUGUUUGGACAAAACAGCAGGGCCGUAGGAAGCUCUUUUUGAUUGGGGUGGUGAAGGCGAGGGCCAAAGGCCCAAGGAAAUUUUUAAAUUUAGAGUCUCUGAAAUGCCAUUUCCUGGACUUUGGGGAAGAUUUGACAGAAUUCUGAUGGUCAGAAAACAGCGUUUUAGUAUGUCGAAAUUUACAAUUCAGUACUAAUCAGUAGUACUAAAUGGGCGUAUUUAAUUAACUAAGUAUAUAUUGGAUAAAUUGCAGGAAAGUAUGGGUAAUAUCUUCAUCCUUUGCAGUUUGUCAUGGAUUAAAUGAUAAAUGUCUGCAUGAUUUUGAAAAAUGAAUGAUUAUUAGCAAAUCCCGGUUGCUACGGCCCUGAACAGUAAUAGUUUCCUUCAGCAACAGAGCUAAACAAAGACUGGUUAUAAACAUACUAACAAAGCAUGUAUAGGAUUACAGUGUAACAAUAAGGAACACCAAAUUUGAAGAUUCAGAGUUGAUUUCAUAUGUUGUGUUUUCUCAAAGAUUUGUGUAGUUCUGAUGAGGAUGAAUCCGAUGACGAUGAUGAUGAUACACAAGCAAAAAAGAAGCAGCUCAAAACAUGCACAGUAAAAUCUGGUGUUGAAUGGUAUGUUAAAUGUGUUAUCUUGUUAACCCAUUGAUGGGCGAUGUGUUAACUGUACUACUGUGUGCUACUGUACAUAACACACCUUAAGGUGUGUUGUUUUCUGGACAUAAAAGGUGUGUUGCUUUAGCACACCUUUUUUUAAGAGUACAUGGGCACGUUUGGCCUUUUUGUGAGACAGGCUUGGAAGCAGUGGUGUAGCCAGAACAGUAAUUGAGGGGGGGGGGGCAUAUUCAUAUAUUCGUGUUCUGCUUUAUUAAUUUCUUUUGAAGUCAAUUAUUUUUAUGGUAUGUGAACACAAAUAUAUGAAUAUGCCCCCAAAUUAUCGUUCUGGCUUCGCCACUGCUUGGAAUGUCUGUCAGCAGAGCAAUUUGCUGCCAGGAACUUUUCUAAUCUCCCUUCUCAGUUCUCCCUUCUCCCUUUUCAGUAUCUAACAUGAAAAUAACAUUGUUGACAUUCAUGUAUAAUGUUAAGAGACAUUCACAAUCAAGCACAAAAUAUAUGGUCUGUGCCAGUUAACAUGAAUUUGUUUUGUUCAUGAAUAAAACAAAUUUUAGAAACCCAUAUGAUUUAGUUAUACAUGCAUACAUUGAUAAAAUCUAGACAGUGCUUUAAGCUUUCUUUCUUGCAAGUCAAAUGAAUCAUGGCCUGCAAUUUCUACUUUUAAACUGCCAAAAUAUUCCCACUUGGCUUCAAAGAAAUUGUUGCAUUAUUUGCUAAGCUAUUCCAUUUGACUAUUUACUCCAGUAUUGGCAUAUGUAGUAUCGUGCUAAGCUAUUCCAUUUGACUAUUUACUCCAGUAUUGGCGUAUGUAGUAUCGAGGAUACUAGUAUGUGGUAAAUGAAAUGAAAUAAUCUGUAGUAUUUUGCCUGCCAUUUUAUUUUUGACUUAGGAAUUAGUUCAAAAUUAUUUUCUUGUGGCCAUUGGCAGCCAUAAUGAUUUUUGUGCACAUUGGUUUAAUAAUAAAGUACGCAACUUGGCAAUAUUGCGACUUCAAAAUAGAAAAUUGACUGAUGAAAUUUUUUAUGUUCUGCAUAAUAUGCAUGUACAUGUAGUGGGAUGAUGCUCAGAUAGUGAGGGCAUAUUGCUAUGCAACAUAUACAGUACAUUUACAGCACCAUGAAUUAAUGCUGUAUACUUACAUCUACCAUAUAAUUGUAUUAUUGUACACAUUCACGCUUUUGCAGUGAUUGUAUUGAUCUUUUUCAGUUCAACAAGUACGCAUUUGACAGAUGUUAAAGACAAUUCUAGAUCUGCUAAAUUACAACGAUUGAGAGAAAAGUUACGCGCAGAACUACUAGAUGUUAACAAGACUAUCAGUUCACACCAUAAAGAUGUAAAGCAAUCUAAUCAAGCCCUGCAUUUACUUGUGACUGCAGCAAAAACCAGCCCUGCGCUUACAACAGCUGCAAUUCAUGACGAGAAGAAUUAUUUGUUGGGGUGA